GGGGCAAGGGGCGGGGCGUCCCGGUGGCCGCAGGGUCCCAGCGCCCCGCCGCCGCCGGUGGCACCGGGGACCCGGCGGGCAAGCCCCGGCGUCUGAGUCUCAGUGGGCUGGGGACUGGGUACCUCCGCGCCCAGGGAACAGCGCAAGGCCGAGGGGCACGUCCUCAUUUUCCCCCGGCUCUUUCGUUAUCACUCGGCGCGACGCAGGCGGACUCCGCCCGGCCCCGCGCAGGCGCCGCCGUCGGCAUCGCUGUCAUGGCGGACAAGGUACAGAAGAGCGUGAAGAUCGCGCCGGGGGCCGUGGUGUGCGUGGAGAGCGAGAUCCGCGGCGACGUGACCAUCGGGCCCAGGACGGUGAUCCACCCCAAGGCCAGGAUCAUCGCCGAAGCGGGGCCGAUCGUCAUUGGGGAAGGCAACCUGAUCGAGGAGCAGGCGCUCAUCAUCAACGGGUAUCCAGAAAAUAUUACACCAGAGACUGAAGAAGUAGAGCCCAAACCAAUGGUCAUUGGCACCAACAAUGUUUUUGAAGUGGGGUGUUAUUCCCAAGCAAUGAAGGUGGGAGAUAACAAUGUCAUUGAAUCCAAAGCAUUUGUUGGCAGGAACGUGAUCCUGACGAGUGGCUGCAUCAUCGGGGCUUGCUGCAACAUCAACACCUACGAGGUCAUCCCUGAAAACACUGUCAUCUAUGGGGCCGACUGCCUCCGCCGCGUCCAGACAGAGCGUCCGCAGCCCCAGACGCUGCAGCUGGAUUUCCUGAUGAAGAUCUUGCCAAACUACCAUCACCUAAAGAAGACGAUGAAGGCCACUUCCACUCCUGUCAAGAGCUGAGUGCCUUCUGCUGACAGGGGCUUUUGUCUGGUCCUGUGAAGCAUGACACGGCCCCAGGAACCAGCCAGCCUCUGUGUCCCUCAUUCCAUGUUUGAAAAAACAAAACACAUUUUGCAUAUGUGUCAUUAUUUAUAUUCUACUGAGCAUCUCAGGCCAGCUUUGGGCCUGUUGCUUCUCACACACUAUGUUGUAUGUGCUUUGCUUUGGGGAAUAAAAGGCCACCUGCUCUUCUGUCUCA